CCUCGUUUUCGUCCAGACAGGUUAAAUUUCCUGUUACCGUUUCAGGUGGGGAAUUCUUGUGGAAUUUUCCCCAAAACUGUGAUCCAUGUAAUUCUUCGCGGAAUUUAGUGAUUAAAAUUUAAACAAAACAUAUCAGGGACAAAAAAGGACAUAUAAUGGGUGCGUUAGAGUGUCUGGGACGCAUUCCCUAUGCUUCACUUAUUGCCACCCUGAAGUGCUGGGUAGGUGUGGGGAUCUUCUGUGGCUGCCUUUAUUCAGCACUGAGAAUUGUGCUUGAGGACAUUUUCUCCAAACUUUUGGGGUUCUCCAUAGAAUGGCUGAGAAUCCUGGUGAUAGUUCUUAUCAUUGUUGCUGUGGUGAUGGGCAUUUUUGCCACUCUGUUGUUGAUAUUUGGUUUCCUAGCAACUGGGAACACACGAAGGAACGUAUACAAAGGCAACAAGUGCAUCAUGGGAGGAAGAGUGUCAGCAGCUAUGUUCAUGAUGUUAACGUACAUAAUGAAUUUGACUUGGGUCCUGAUCUGCGCCCUGUUAACAGUGCCUGUAUUGAUGUAUGUCAUGUUCAUGUCCAUAUGCAAUGAGGAGAUCAUAGACCGCCAACUCGCCGGGUGGUAUCCCACAAUCAAUAUUUCACAUUAUGGGCUGUACAGAAAUGCCACUGCCCUAGGAGGCAAGAAUGUACUGAGAACACCAACAGAGCUCAGCAAACUAUGUGAACACAUCUCAGAGGCAGGUCCCCUUUUCAUUGUUGCAUUUAUUGGUGCCCUUUUAAUUGUGUUGUCUAUGGUCCACUUCAUGGUGUCCCUGACUGCCAACUACACAAAGAUCAAGAUAGCCAAAGAACUGACCGAUUACCGGUCAGCUGUUGACCUCGAGUCCACGAUGGAGAUGGACAGUAUCAUUGGACGCUCAGGCAAGAUUCCGGACAAGGUGCCUUUUGGAACGCAAUGAUGAUAAACGAUAUGAACACCAUCAACUGUGACAGAAAUCAGUCAUUCCACAAUGAUCUCAUUAACACCAAGGCAGGAUUUUAUAUCAGUUUUUUUUUCUUUCCCAUAUGUUUGUAUUUUAUCACUUGAUGUAAACUUAAAGGGGCAAUUUUGUCCUUACUAUAGGGCUUUUAAACCCCAUCUCUUCCUAAUGUUAUCUUUUUAACUGAAAAGCCUGACAUGAUUAUUAAUUUAAGUAUCUUCCAUUGUGUAAGCCGUUGAUAAAAAUAAACACAGAUAUCAAAAAUAAAUAUUCUAACACCCAGUGUUGAAAAUUAUCAAGAAAAGAAAUUAGUGUGAUAUGAAUUUAUGAGAAAAAAUAAUGAUAUAUAUCCCAUGUAGCACAAAACUACAAAGUGCAUUUCUAAAUUUAUUUUAUUUAAUUCUUAAUUGGCAAGUAUCAACAAUUUAUGAUUUUAGACAGAGAAUGAAUAUAGAAUGAAAGUUGGUUCCACUUGAUCUUCCCAUUGAAAAGUGUAUAUUGAAUAGACAGCAGAUAAGACAUUCCACUAAAGGAUGUUGGUAUUGAAUAUCAACCUUGUGUUGAAUAACAUUGUUUCAUAAUUUUCAUAGAUGUGUUUUCUCUUUAAAAAAUUCAAAAUAAUUUGGAGUACUUUUGGAAUUUGCUCAUGAGUUUGUUUAAUGAUUUUAACCUAGUUUGUGGUGUUUCUAGGUUUAUUUUUGGUGCUUUUCUAUGAGCUUUAUAGUUACAAACUGUGCAAGUUAAAAAGCCUAAAAUUUCAUUUAUUUUCAUUGCGUUCUGACAACUUGAGGCAUUUAUUGUGUGUUUGAAUGUGGCUGUGUUUAUGUACAUAGUACUAUAUGUUUUAGCCGAGUUGUUUUUAAACUAUGGCACAGCCAUUCAUAUGCAAUUUUAGAACCAUGUGUACAUAAUAUCUUUUCUGCUUUUUUUAACCCAAAUGUACAGAACUUAAAUCUAUUAUGUUCAAUUUCUUUUUUAUAUACCCUAGGGACCAAGUUGUGUUAACAACAUAUUUUGAUAACAAAUGUUUUUAACCUUUAACCUGUUUUAAACAGACAAAAUGAUAUCCUUGAGUAUCCCAGAAUGUUGCGUCUACUGAUAUAUAUCAGAUGAAGCACACAUUGAAUAUAAACAUUAGGUUUACAUUUAAUGUAAUGACUAAGCACCUACUACACUUUUUGUAUUGAUAAAGAGCUAUCAGGUAAUGUAUGCGUGUACACUUGAUGUAAAUUGCAUUUUUGGUACAUCUCAAAUCUCUACUGAUUAUAUAAUUAUGUAUGUUUUUAUUUGACAAUUAUUUUGUAUAUUUCAUGUAACAUUUUUUGAAAAGUUCAUUUUUGCUGGCUAUUCUUAAAUAUAAAUUACUGUGCAUUAUUUGGCAAUUAACAUUUAAGGUAAAUUUCUUGAGUUGUGACAUUAUGUAGUUUUCAUAUGUUAGUAUCUUUUUUUUACAUUGAAUAUAUUUUAACUCUGAGGUUGCUGCAGUCUUGAAAAGUGGAUAAUGGAGAAAUGCCUGUGGUCAACAUUCCUUCAUAUGUUUUUCCUAUGACAUUUUAGGAGAACUUACUAAAAUGCAGUUUUCAUAUGAAUAUUUUUCCAUUAAAAAAUAACAUUAAUUUUUUAAAAGCUAAUUAUUAAAAUUAUUUUAAAAAAAUCCUAACAUUGUAAAGGCAUCUGAAAAAAGAUUUGCUGUAUUGAGAAAAUUUUUUAUAUUGGUAUGGUUGUGACCAAGUUAAUGUGAUUGGUUGUUCUUUUAGUUAUAAUGCAAGUUAAGUGUAUGUUUAGAAAUGCUUUUCUAUGUUGUGACAAUACGUACCUAUGAGUAUUUUUUCCUUAUUCUUAUUUCAUUUUAUGUAAAUUUGUAUGUGAAAUGUUGAAGUAUUAGGAAUUAGUAUUGCAACUCUAUAAAUAGGACAUUCCCGUGUUUUGUAAAUAAAUGUGCAUUUUUACAUGUAGUCUAAGGGUAAUAUAACCACCAUGGAUUACCAAGCAAAAAUAACAUUACUUGCACAUGCGAAUAA